AUGGCAACUGUCGGCGGCGCAUUCAAGGACUCUCUCACCCAGGCCCAAAAGGAUGAGCUCCACCAGAUCGCACUCAAGAUUGUUCAGGAUGGAAAGGGAAUCCUCGCCGCGGAUGAAUCCACCGGCACCAUCGGAAAGCGUCUCGACGCCAUCAACCUCGAGAACAACGAGACUAACCGUCAGAAGUACCGUCAGCUUCUGUUCACCACUCCAAACCUUAACCAACAUAUUUCUGGAGUGAUUCUCUACGAGGAGACUUUCCAUCAAAGCACUGACAAGGGAGAGAAGUUCACUGAUCUUCUCAUCAAGCAAGGAAUCGUUCCAGGAAUCAAGCUUGAUCUUGGAGUUGUUCCAUUGGCUGGAACUAUCGGAGAGGGAACCACCCAAGGGCUUGACAAACUAGCCGAGCGUGCUGCUACUUUCAAGAAGGGAGGAUGUGGAUUCGCUAAGUGGCGCUGUGUCUUGAACAUCGGAACCCACACGCCUUCUCACCUCGGAAUGCUUGAGAACGCCAAUGUACUCGCCAGAUACGCAACCAUUUGCCAAGCUAACGGACUUGUCCCAAUCGUUGAGCCAGAAGUUCUUUGCGACGGAGAGCACGAUUUGGCCCGUGCCCAGAAGGUUACCGAGCAAGUGCUCGCCUACGUUUACAAGGCGCUUGCUGAUCAUCAUGUCUACCUCGAGGGAACUCUUCUCAAGCCAAACAUGGUCACUCCGGGACAAUCAAGCUCCUCCAAGGCCACUCACGAGGAGAUUGGACUCGCCACUGUCACUGCUUUGAGACGUGGAGUUCCAGCUGCUGUUCCAGGAAUUACAUUCCUUUCCGGAGGACAGUCAGAACUUGAUGCUACUGCCAAUCUUCAUGCCAUUAACACGGCUCCACUUGGUAAACCAUGGAAGCUCACUUUCUCAUACGGACGUGCUCUUCAAGCUUCCGUUCUCAAGGCAUGGGGAGGAAAGGAAGAGAACAUCGCUGCUGCUCAAAAGACUCUCCUUCACCGCUCCAAGGCCAACGGAGACGCUUCCCUCGGAAAGUACCAAGGAGAAGACGCUGCUGGAGCCGCCGCGGAGUCGCUUUUCGUUGCCAAACAUUCCUAUUAA